AUGUCACUGCUAUUGAAGCUGAUUGCUCAAGGGACAAGGAAGGCUGUUUCCAGUGAGAUGCCACAUGGUUCAGCACAGGGUCCGUUAGUUUUCCUGCAACACAUCAAUGAUUUAAAACUAAAUACAGGGGACAGGAUUAAGAAGUUUGCAGUUGAUAUGAAAAUUGCUUAUGGAUUUAUCAUGAGGAACAAAGCUGUAGACAGCAAGACGCAAAAAGCCACGGGAAAGACCCUUUUCGAUUGUGUCUGCCAACGCCUGAACCUUGUUGAGGAGGAUUACUUUGGAAUGGAGUUCAACAAUCGCUCUGGGAAUAUGGUUUGGUUGGAUCUCUUAAAACCUGUUCUAAAACAAAUCAAAGGUGAGAAGAAAGUUCUGUUUCAAUUUGUAGUGAAGUUCUUCCCCCCUGAUCCAGGGCAGCUCCAAGAUGAAUUGACAAGGUAUCUCUUUGCUCAGCAAAUCAAACGGGACCUGCUUGCUGGAAGACUUCAUUGCAAUGAGAACAGUACCGCACUGUUACUGUCUCACAUCAUCCAGGCUGAAGUUGGUGAUUUUGAUGAAGAACUGGACCAAACGCAUUUACAGUCCAAGAUAUAUGUUGCAAACCAGGAACGGCUAGUACACAAAAUAAUGAACUUUCACCAGAAGCUCGUAGGGUUGACCUCAGCGACCUCUGACCUUCGCCUUCUCGACACGGCACGGAAACUGGAGAUGUAUGGUGUCAGGCUCCAUCCAGCCAAUGAUGGUGAAGGAACACAGAUCAAUCUGGCUGUUUUACAUAUGGGCAUAUUGGUCUUUCAGGGCAAGACAAAGAUCAAUACAUUCAACUGGGCCAAAAUACGCAAACUGAGUUUUAAGAAGAAACAUUUCUUUAUCAAGCUCCAUUCCAACAUUUUUACCGCCUCAUGCAAGGACUCCUUGGAAUUCCUGAUGGCAAGUCGUAAUGCGUGCAAGCACUUCUGGAAGACCUGUGUUGAAUAUCACGCUUUCUUUAGGCUUCCUGAAGAACCCAGAUCAAAACCCAAGCCCAUUCUUUACAGCAAAGGAUCCAACUUUCGCUACAGUGGAAGAACACAAAAGCAACUGGCUGAGUAUCUUAGCAAAGGAGAUUUUAAGAAAGUGCCAUUUGAAAGGUCAAGGGAUUGCCACAUGACCUUCAGGGCAUUGGGCAACCAGGAGACAUCCAGGAUAAGGUGGGGCCAAAGGCAGCACAGAGAUAGGAAGGAGUUGGCAGUGGAGAUUGUGUUUAGCACUGAACUGGAGAGGUCCAAGCCCGAGGCGGACCCAGCAUCAGAACCUCUCUCCAGCCGUAAUGUCUCCAUUCCCUCCAUCAGUGACACUGGGGCCAAGAAGGAUCCGGUGCAACUGCAAAAAAGUAGGUUACAGUUUCUGACUAACCGUACCAGGAAGGACACUGAUGCAGCAGAGUUAACAUGUGGGAACGCACCCAAGUUCACAAUAGGGAGCCAAUGCAUCAGCGAUAAUUUCCCGAAUUCGGACACUUUAAUGGAUGGAUCUCUCCAACCGAUGCGGCACACGUCAACGGAGGAAGAAAUUGUUAGACUUUCGGGUGUAGCUCGCCCAGUCAGCUUACCCGCUUCUAGCUUUUUAGCCAAUUAUGGGUUCUACCAGCGGGCUGUGAUGAGGGGUAGCUAUGGCAACACUCUGAAUGCAGUGAAGGAGGAGGACAACCAACAGGAUGACAGUUUACUGCCUUCCAAAAGGUCACGCAGCCAAUCGGAUGUGAAGACCCUCGGCCUAGGACAUGUGCCAGAGUUAAGGCCCCUGGCUCACUUGUUGCCCUUAGGUCGGAGACAGGCUCUCAGUAAACUGAGUCCUGUGCAUCCAGUGCACAGGAUGCUUCAACGCAGAGAGGUCCUGCAGACAACAGAACGAUACAUCAGCAGUGGCACGGAGUCCAGCGACUCAGACUCGGAAAUAAUCAGCCCCUACUUCCAUCCUCGUCUUUUCGGCAAAGUUCUGCGAUCCUCAGCACUGAAAGGAGGUCGGUAUUCCUCAGCCUGCCUCCAGUCAGAUGAAGCAGCUUCAUUUGAUCCAAAUUGUGCUGACAAGCUCAGACACUUGACGAUCUACACUGACUUCAUUUAG